AUGGAAGCGGGAGCUGCGAAAGGCGAAGACGAGACACGACGCGUCGGGACAGGAACCCACCGGGGGGGAACGGCAGGAGGUGGUGGUAAGUGGUGGGUGCAAGGCCGCCUGCCGCGCUUGAACAAGAUGCGGAUCACCCUCGCGGACGAGCGAUGGAGCAGCCCCAAUCGUCAGUGGCUCACGAAGAAAGGCCGCCGGCGAUUGGAGCCGAUCGUGAGUGAUGACACAGGGCUGGGUGAAGCUCAAGAGAUCUUGGCGAAGGACUUGAUGAGGGAACUCAUGGCGCCUCGGUCGGUUGGUCGGCUCGCGGGCGCAGACCUAUCGAGGCACACCAGAUGA